GGCAGCCACUCAUUCAGAUACAGUAGUAGAUAAUGAGCAUUUAGAACUCUCAGGUUCUGGAUGAUAACAAAAUGCUGAUGCAACAGAGUGCCAGUUUUUGUGGUGCUAAGGCAUCUUUUUCCUUUCCAAACUUAACUCUUAGAAAACCUGCCACAGUUCCAUUGGCAAAGAAGCGCGAUUUGCCAGGGAAUUCAUCAACUGAACAACCAAAUUUUUCUCUCAAAAUUUCAAACACAUUUCUUGCACAGUCUGCGAUUGCAGUGUUUUCACUGGGAUUCAUCGAUGCCGGGUACAGUGGAGAUUGGUCAAGAAUUGGAGUUAUCUCGAAAGAGAACGAGGAUUUGCUGAAGGCUGCUGCUCUUGUUGUAGUUCCACUUUGCUUGUUUCUCAUAUUUUCUCUCCCCAAGAAAUCAGAAGAUUGAUAAUCUGUCUUUUAAGUUUUGAACAAUAAUUCGUUGUCCUUUCCAAACUUAACUCUUAGAAAACCUGCCACAGUUCCAUUGGCAAAGAAGCGCGAUUUGCCAGGGAAUUCAUCAACUGAACAACCAAAUUUUUCUCUCAAAAUUUCAAACACAUUUCUUGCAGAGUCUGCGAUUGCAGUGUUUUCACUGGGAUUCAUCGAUGCCGGGUAAAUAUGUACAUGUCUGCAGGUCCUUUCAGUUAUCUUAAUUUGUUAUUUCUCGUUUUGCAAUCACUUUGUGUUAAUUCAGGUACAGUGGAGAUUGGUCAAGAAUUGGAGUUAUCUCGAAAGAGAACGAGGAUUUGCUGAAGGCUGCUGCUCUUGUUGUAGUUCCACUUUGCUUGUUUCUCAUAUUUUCUCUCCCCAAGAAAUCAGAAGAUUGAUAAUCUGUCUUU